AUGGGCUUGUUUACAAGGAAAACGAAUCGAAACCCUUCCUCCGUCCCGCUUUUUGGUGUUCUUCUUAUCGUUCUUCUUCUCACUGGCAUCUUCCUAUUUGAGGUGGACAACUUGGCUACGCAGACCAAAACCAUCGUUGGUUACAACUUGAAACCAACGCCUUGGCAUGAAUUCCCUGCCAAGAAAUUCAACAAUGAAACAAAGAUCGCUCGAGCUUCCAAGAUCAUUCAAUGCUCUUAUUUUUCUUGUGGGAGGUCUAGAAAUGAGCCAAUUCCCUUCACAAAUCAAGCCGACAAUUGUCCUACUUUUUUCAGAUGGAUUCAUCACGAUCUCGAUCCGUGGUCUGUAACCCGCAUUUCUUAUGCCGACUUGAUGGAAGUCAAGAAGUUUGCUUCUUUUAGGGUUGUGAUUAUUGGUGGGAAACUGUAUGUGGAGUAUUAUUAUGAUUGUGUGCAGAGUCGAGCGAUGUUUACUAUAUGGGGGCUUUUGCAGCUUCUUAAGAGGUACCCUGGGAGAAUUCCAGAUGUGGAUCUGAUGUUUGAUUGCAUGGACAAGCCUCUUAUUCAAAAGGAUGCAUCAACUAAACCUUUGCCCAUUUUUCGAUAUUGCACCACGCCUGAUCAUUACGACAUUCCGUUUCCUGACUGGUCUUUUUGGGGUUGGCCAGAGAUCAACAUAGGACCCUGGGAAGAAGAAUUUCAAAGCAUUAAGCGAGGUUCACAACAGCAAAGUUGGAAAAAGAAGCAUCCGUAUGCGUAUUGGAAAGGAAACCCAGAUGUUUUUUCCCCAGCUAGAGAAGCUUUGCUCAUGUGUAAUGACACAAAACAGUGGGGAGCGCUAAUCAUGCGUCAGAAUUGGACACAGGAACAAUUGGAUGGUUUUAAGCAAUCCAAGCUUUCAAACCAGUGCAACCAUCGCUAUAAGAUCUAUGCCGAAGGAUAUGCUUGGUCUGUAAGCUUAAAAUAUAUCUUGUCAUGUGGUUGUGUUCCUCUUAUAAUCAACCCAAAGUACGACGAUUUCUUCAGCCGUGGACUCUUUCCAAAGAAAGACUACUUACCUAUCUCCCCUGAUAACAUAUGUCCAUCCGUUAAAACUGCAGUUGAGUGGGGAAAUAAACAUCCAGCCAAGGCGGAAGCAAUAGGGAAAUCGGUGCAAGAUUUCAUGGAGAGGUUGAACAUUGAUAGAAUAUAUGAUUACAUGUAUCAUCUGAUCGUCGAGUACGCGAAGCUGCUGGAUUUUAAACCAAAUCGGCCUUUAUCUGCAUUAGAAGAGUGUAUCGAAUCGCUGUAUUGUUUUGCAGAUGGAAACCAAACCAAGUUCCUAGCAAGAUCAGCAACUUUGCCAUCACAAUCCCCUCCCUGCAACCUCCCUCAACAGGCAAAUAGUCAGGUUGACAAAUUGAUAGAGGAGAAAAGGAAAAUUAUAAACUCUACCCAACUUUUGAUGUAA